GAAAGAAAUUGUCGAGAUAUCAGAAGGAUCGAGGAUUAGCUUUCCAAUAUCCGUAACAGGGAUGCUAUGACUCGAUAGACUUCUGGACCGCUUACUAUUGACAUCCCACGGGCUUACACCAAAACGUGAUCCGGCCCCGUCCUGUCAACACUGGCAAAUUGAGCACUGCGCUCUUCCGAGGGGUAAUCUUUUCGUCCCUGAGAUCUACAUUGACAGCGCUGUGAGCCAUUGAGUCGACGACUUUCAUUCUGUCGCGUGGACGUUUUCAUCAUCUUCACACUACACGGCUACCUUGCCAGAGACGAUUCGAUCUUCCCCAGACAGUCCUACUCUUCUGCCAAUACUUGUCUAUCAAGAAAAAGCCAUGGGGGCGGAAGGCUACGAGCGACCCGUGAGAGGGAUGUUCAACAAACAAUUUCGAAUGUUCCUUCCAGUGCUCAUUGCCGGUACUUUAUUUCUUCUCUUCCACGGCUUGAUUGGCAGCAGUUCAUAUCGUGCAAUUGGAGGAACCUUUCCGCAGAAGGUCUGGCAAACCUGGAAAAUCGACGCAGCCGGCCUUGAUGCUAAGGAUGCGGUCAGGGUCAGGACAUGGACGACCAAGAAUCCGAAGUAUCGUUACGAGCUGCUGACCGAUGACAAUGCCCUCAGCUACGUCAAGCACCAUUACGGCCCUGCUGGCAUCAACCGACCUGAUAUUGUCCAUGUCUUUGAGACCUUGAACGCCAAAAUUAUCAAGGCAGACCUUCUCCGAUACCUCGUCAUGUAUAUAGAGGGCGGCCUGUACGCCGACAUCGAUGUGGAAUGUUUGAAGCCAAUCGAACACUUUAUUCCUAAUCGAUAUGACGAGAAGGACAUAGAUAUGGUGAUCGGCAUCGAAACGGACAUGCCAGAUUUCAAAGAUCAUCCGGUCCUGGGACAAAAGUCGCAAUCGUUCUGUCAAUGGACCUUCAUGGGAAAAGCUCGUCUCCCAGUUAUGAUGAGGCUGAUCGAAAACAUCAUGGCAUGGCUGAACGGCGUCGCGAAGAAGCAGGACAGACCCAUUUCACAAAUCGAGCUUGACUUUGACGAAGUUCUUAUUGGUACUGGGCCUUCAGCUUUCACCUCUGCUGUUCUUGCAGAGAUGUCCGCGCAAACCGGUAAAACCGUUGGUUGGGAGGAGUUUUCUGGAAUGCUGGACUCUAAGGUCGUCGCCGGCGUUCUGGUGCUACCUUCCGAGUCCUUUGCUGCUGGCACCGGCCACUCGGCUUCCGGAAAUCAUGAUGGGAAGAGCGCACUUAUCAAGCACCACUUCCACGCAUCAUCCUGGCCUACGAACCACCCACGCUUCAAGCAUCCUGUCUACGGCGAGGUCGAAAGGUGCAACUGGGACGCGGAAUGUGUAAAGUUGUGGGAUUCCAACACAGCUUUCUUCAACUCGCUGCCCGAAGAAGAACAACUCAAAUUGGUCCAUAUGAAAGAGAUUGAAGAUAAGAAACGGCCACUCAUGAUGGAUGCGCAAGGUCCGGUGGGCGGCAUGGGCCCUGCUGUCGGCAUGCCUCCAGCUCCUUUGGCUGAGGUCCCUGCGCCUGGUAUGCCUCCUGUGCCUGUUGCAGAGCUGGCUGGCAUCGAAGAGCCUCUAGUUGACGAGGAAGAGGUUCCCCUUGGCAAGCUGCCUCCUCCAGGAGCAGCACCAGUCGACGAGCCAACCUCAUCUGCCGAAGAUGUCGACGACGAGGACUCGCAAGUCGAAGACACAAAUGCAGAAAUUGCUUCUGGCAAAGAUACUCCUGGUAAAGAUGUUAGUGACAAGGACGCCAAGAGCAAGGAAUCAAAAGACAAAGACUCGCCGAGCAAAGACUUGAAAAAGAAUGAAGAUGUGAAAGACAAGGAUCCAAAUGCUAAAGGCAAGGACGACAAGAAAUCAUAGUCAUGAGGAAUCCACAAUCAAAUUACAAUACAGGAUAUAUUCCACGCCAACACAUCGUGUCCUGCUGUGGAGCGAAUGUGCUCAAGGUCUCGGGGGAAAACAUCGACAAGAAAUGGCUUGAGCGGUCUUUGACAUGAGGGAGUCACAUGAACCAACCUAUGGAAAUGACGGGAGAACAGAGUGAAUGCUUACGGCACCGUUCACUCGAUCAAUGUUCACGCAACGUAUAUCGCACCUGCACAGAAAGACGGGCAUUACCUGAAGGCCACAGCAUUCGCAGCUAUGCACGGCGCCCGUCAUUUCUGCCCAGCAUACUCCAGCCGCCAGCUUGAUGGAGCCGUAGGUACUAAGUAGACCCAUGGGACGACGGGUACGGAACAGGUCAUUUGCAAACUUCCUCAAGAGUUCAAAGACUACAAUGAAUAGCAACGCUGCCACUGAUGGUUGAAGUUGUGGUUGAUGUUCAGAAGUGGUCUCGUCAUUUUGGACUUGUCAAAUGCAAGAGCGUCUGUGCUUACUCGCCGAUGUGACAGGAUUCAGAUCGGCGUCUGCAGUGUGUCAUCGAUGUGAUCCUCUGCAUGGACAUUGACGUUGACAGUGACAUUGUAAUCGAUAGAUAGUACUAUUGUACGAUAAGCACGUGGAAAUGUUAUAAUGUGGCCCGGGCACAUGUAGGUGCCUUUCGGGCACAG